UUUCAAGGUUUUUCUCACUGCUACUUAGUUUCUUAUUUAUUUAAAAUGGUCCAGGAACGAAACAGAAAUAGGCAGCCAGAGCUGUAGCCAACUUGUUUCCAUAGUAACAAUGAUUAUUGUUUAAUCGGUGAUAAAAUUAAAAGUAGAUAAUGGCAGAAGAGGAGGAACUAGUUUGUAAUUGGAAUGAUGACAACAAUCACUUUGAUGUAAUUAUUGGACACAUUGAAGAUAUAAUAAUUGAUCCAGAAUUUGUCAACCUCCAAAAUGAUUUUAUGAAUAGACAUUAUGAAAUAUUUGAAGAAUGUGAAGAAAAUAAGCUUGAGUACAUGGAUAUUUUUAAUUCUUAUACAGAAUUAAUUGAAAAACAUAUUGAAACAUCUCUACUGAGAAGAAUGCCAGAGUUCUCUAUGAAAGAUUUCUUAAAAGAUAUUGCAAAAAGACAUUCAGAGUUGGAAGGUGAUGUUUUUGAUAUAUUAGUGAGCUUUACAGACUUUAUAUCUUUCAAAGAAAUGUUUCUAGACUAUAAAGCAGCUAAAACUGGCUGUACUCCUGAUUUAUCUAUUCAAAACAGUACAAAGGAAUGUUCUCUGAUAAAUUCAAAGUAAUUAAGUCUUGCCUACUCAGUUCUACUAUCCUACAUUUAUGUGCCUUUGUAUAUAAAAUUGUUUAAAAAUCAGUUUUCAAUUGUAAAUUAGAUUGUAAAAGUUGGAAAUAAAUAUAUUUAUUAAAAAAAA